UAUUAAUUUAUUACAUCAAAUGUAUCCCAUUUUUGUUUAAGUUUCUCGGAAGAAAAAAGGGUUUUCUUAGAAAUUAACUAUCUAUCAAAACGCCCUGAUUAAGAAAAUCAAUUUAUUUUGUUUUAUUAAUUAUUCAUCAGGAACAUUAAUUGUUUAUGUACAGAUAUGUUAGAAUCUCACACAUUACAAUCUCAUGGAGUUAAGGUGGUAAAAAUACACAUGCAUGACUGGCUAAUUCUUCUAUUACUUGUGGUGAUUGAUGGCUUUUUGAACAUUAUUGAACCUUUUCACCGCUAUGUUGGCAAAGGGAUGAUGACAGAUCUAACAUACCCACUUAAACCUAAUACAGUGCCGGUUUGGGCUGUUCCUAUUCUUGCUGCAAUUUUGCCACUAGCUGUCAUAUCUGCGUACUAUUAUUAUAGAAAGGAUGUUUAUGACUUUCACCAUGCCAUUCUGGGCCUAUUGUUUUCUGUUCUUGUUACUGGAGUUAUAACCGAUGCAAUAAAAGAUGCUGUAGGCCGACCCAGGCCUAAUUUCUUUUGGAGAUGUUUUCCUGACGGAAAGGAGGUAUUUGACCCGGUUACUAGGGAUGUUGUUUGUCAUGGAGAUCCUCUGGUUAUAAAAGAAGGAUAUAAAAGCUUUCCUAGUGGGCAUUCUUCAUGGUCCUUUGCAGGUCUAACAUACCUAGCCUGGUAUAUAUCAGGGAAACUAAGAGUUUUUGAUCGUCGGGGACAUGUAGCUAAGCUGUGUAUUGUACUAAUUCCCGUUCUAAUAGCUGUUCUUGUCGCUAUUUCUCGCGUCGAUGAUUACUGGCAUCACUGGACUGAUGUCUUCACUGGAGCUCUUAUAGGAACAGUUGUAGCUGCAUUUUGUUACUUGCAAUUUUUCCCUUUCCCAAAUGAUACAGAAGGUUGGGCGCCUCAUGCAUUUUUUGCAAUGUUAGCAGAGAAAAACAGAGUUGAGGGCUCAGGUAGAAGAAGUAAUUCUGUUCGAAUGCGAGGAAUGUCGACAGACAUAGAAACUGCUUUCAUGGCUUCUGAUGGCUGAGAAACAAAUAAAGUCCUCCGUAAUUAACUUAAACAGAAAGCAAGAAAAA